AUGGCCAACCAGAGCUCCCCUGGGGGCUUCCUCCUUCUGGGCUUCUCUGAACACCCAGGACUAGAAAGAAUCCUCUUUGUGGUUGUCCUCACUUCCUACCUUCUGACUCUGGUGGGCAACACCCUCAUCAUUCUGCUGUCCGUGCAGGACCCCAGGCUUCACUCCCCGAUGUACUUUUUCCUCUCUAACCUGUUCUUCUUGGACCUCUGCUUCACCACAAGUUCCAUCCCCCAGAUGCUGGUCAACCUCUGGGGCCCAAAGACCAUCAGCUUCCUUGGCUGCUCUGUUCAGCUCUUCAUCUUUCUGUUCCUGGGGACCACUGAGUGCAUCCUCCUGACAGUGAUGGCCUUCAACCACUAUGUGGCCAUCUGCCAGUCUCUCCACUAUACCACCAUCAUCCACCCGCGCCUGUGCUGGCAGCUGGCAUCCAGGGCCUGGGUCAUCAGUCUGCUAGAGUCAGUAGUCGGGACACCACCAACUCUCCGCCUGCCCUUCUGUCCCCACCGGCAGGUGGAUGAUUUUGUGUGUGAAGUCCUAGCUCUAAUCAGACUGUCCUGUGGGAACACCACCUACAAUGAGAUCCAGAUGGCUGUUGCCAGCAUCCUCAUCUUGGUUUUGCCCCUCAGCCUCAUCCUUGUCUCUUACUGUGCCAUUGCCCGGGUAGUGCUGAGGAUUAACUCUACAAAAGGGUGGAAAAAGACAUUUGGGACCUGCUCCUCCCAUCUUGCCAUGGUCACCCUCUUGUACAGCUCAGUCAUUGCUAUCUACCUCCAGUCCCAAAAUUCCUAUGCUCGCAAAAGGGGCAAGUUCUUUGGUCUAUUCUAUGCUGUGGGCACUCCAGCACUUAACUCUCUCAUUUACACCCUGAGGAACAAGGAGGUAAAGGGGGCCUUCAUGAGGUUGCUGGGGAAGGACAGGGACACAAGGGGGAGCUGA